CAAAUGGAAUCACCAAAGAUUCUUACAAUACAAUGCUCACAACAGAAGAGAUGAAAGUCGCUCUUGCUCGAAUAGUUACUAACAUCAAGAACAUGUGGAGUACCAACGAUAUUUUUAAAAAACUUCUUGAUCGCCUGCUGGACGUUCUGUUAAGACUACAUUUGGCUGGAGCUAGAACCAGCAAGUACAAUUCAUACGUUGCUCGAAAGGCCAAGAAUAAAUAUACAGUAGAUGAUUCAUUUCUUAGCAGUAAUAGCCAAAGAAACUUAAUUAGCACAGAGUACAAGAAAAAGCGAAAACGGGAGCAAAAGUUGCAAAUGAUAACCGACAAAGAAAAGCAAGCAAAGUAUAAAGACCAAAUUAGUAAAAAUGACCAAAGAAUAGACUUCUUCAGAAAACUUAACAGGCAUAGCGUCGCUUCGGUAAGAUAAAGCUUCUGCUCUUUUAAUCAAAAUAAU